CAGCUCUGCACGUCAAGGCGGUUGAAUUUAAAAUUCUCUUGGGCUGAAGGGCCGCGCGCCGAUUGGUCGGCAGUGGGAUUUUGUUUCUCUCUCCCUCUUUCGGGAAAAGGAAGUUUCAGAUUGACCGUUCCUUCUACUGGCACCCCCUCCCCCCCCCAGUGCUGAAAUCCAGGAAGGGAAAUGCAAGAGAAGACAAUCGGGUAUUUUGAAAGUUUCGAGGAGCCCACUUCGAACUUUGAAAGAAGCUGAAACUAGUCAGCAGAUGGAGAAUGUGGGAAAACUUCGCAGGAGCUCUCGAAGAGUCAGCUUUGCAGAGACUAAAGAAGUCAAAAAAAAAACUUCAGAGAAAAUGAUUGGGAUCAAGAAACUUCUGAUCAUGAAUCAGCCACUCUUUGAGGAAGCACGAAGGCAUACUGUUCACAGGGCUUCAUCACUGGAUGCACUGGGACCAGUUGGAAGGGCACUAAACUAAGAGAAGACAGCCAAAAGGAGAACCGGCCAUUUGAGUUAGAAAGAGACAUGAUGCCGCAAAAGACAAAUUACAGUAUUGCUGGAAUGGAUGCCCUGCUUCAUGCACCUCUUCGAACGCCAUUGCAACAAAUUGAGCACUGUCAACACAUUGAGACUGUCAGUAAACAUCAAAGUUUCCCCAUGUCUGGGGUUGAAAUACAAGGAGAUCUUGAAGAGCCAGUCCAGUCUUCUGAAAUGAAAGCUGCAAUUACACUUUCUAAAAAAAUUGACUUCAAAUCUUUUUUGACUGGAAUUGAUUCUACAGAACCAAUACAUACUCCUGCCUGUUUUGACAGUGAAAAGGAGAAUGCUAAUAAGUCCUGCAGCUCUAUCGGAAAAAAUGAAGUUCCAAAACAGCAAAAGACAAUAGAUUUUAAAACAUUCUUAAAUAGCAUAAAGCAGAGUGAUGCUGACCGCAAUAAAAUGGUGUCAAUGGCUUCCAUUUUUGAGGAACAAAUCUUGAAACCAGCAGACAAUGGUAUUCUUCCAGCUUGUGGAACAGUUAAAAAUGUUGAAACAACAAAUAACUUAGUAAUGAAAUUUAAUUCAAAUAACAAUUUAGAUUCAAACAAAACUGUGCAGUUUCUGGAUCAGGACAACGAUAUGGAGCUUACCAGAAGCCACACCGUUGCUAUUAAUCAUUUUGCCUUGGGAAAUGCUACCACUCUUCAUUCAACAACAGUACCUAACAAUGUAGAGGCCAUAGGUAGUGAAAGCUCAACGCACUCUUCCUUUCUUCAAGAUAAAACUGUUAUAUUUUCUGGAGAAGAUUAUAUGGAUAUGACCAGAUGUCAUACUGCUCCUAUUGAUGUCAGGAAGGUAGAGCACCUCACAAAUCAAAAUCAACUGACCUCUGUCGCAAUUCAAGAAAAAGAUAAAUCGAUGCUGUCCUCUUUUAUUCCUAAUGAAGACAAAAUAUUCUCAGAUAACAGACGUUGUGGCAAGAUUAGUCAAAGUGAGGCUUUAGUUGCAAGUACACUGACCUUCAAAUCUAUGCCUGUUUCGUCAUCUUUUCCCAGUGAUAAAACCAUCGUAUUUUCAGAAGCAAAUGAUAUGGAUAUAACUAAAAGUCACCUCAUCACAAUUGACAGUGGAAGUCUUGGGCAAGUUAGAAAUGAAGUGAAGUGUUCAGAUAAAAAUACUUGGCGACAAAGUACUUCUGGAUCUGUCUCAUCAUUUGGUAAGAAUGACAGAACAAUAGUAUUUGCAGAAGUAAAUGAUAUGGACAUAACUGAAAGCCAUACAGUCAUGAUUGACAACGGAAACAUUGCUCAAGUGAAAAAUGAAACAUCAGCUUCAACAAAAUUGAUUUCAAAGUGGAGUACAGUUGGGCCCUUUUUGUCAUCUUUUCCCAGUGACAAGGCAAUGUUAUUUUCUGAAGUAUAUGAUGUAGACAUCGCGAAAAGUAAUUCAGUCCCAACUGAAUAUGGAAAACUUAGGGCAGUUGCAAACAGGACAGUGGGUUCAAAUUCUUCUUUUCCAAGUGAUAGAACUGUGGUAUUUUCUGAUGCAAAUGAUAUGGACAUCACAAAAAGUCGUACAGUUCAAAUUGACAGUGGAAAUCUUGGACAAGUUACAAAUGGAACAUUGGCUCCGAAGAAACUGUCCUUGAGACACAGUACUGUUGAAUCUGCUCUGUCUUCUUUUCCCAGUGAUAAGACCGUGGUAUUUUUGAAAGCAAAUGAUAUGGACAUUACCAAAAGUCUUACAGUUGCAAUUGAGAGCGAAAACCUUGGGGCUGUUGCAAGGCCCAUUGCAGGUCUAGACAAGAAGACUUGCAUUGAGAAUAGAUCCGCAUCUGUUCUGUCCUCUUUUACCAAUGAUAAGACUUUGGUAUUUUCGGAAGCAAAUGAUAUGGAUAUAACCAAGAGUCAUCCCUUCACAACUGACGAUGGAAACUUUGGGCAAGUUACAAAUGAAGCAUUAGCUUUCACUAAAAUGCCUUCCAAACAGACUGUCCCUGAGUCUACAGCGUCCUUUCAGGCUAAUAAAACUAUUGUGUUUUCAGAAGCAAAUGAUAUGGAUAUAACAGAAAGCCACACUGUUGCGAUUGAGAGUGGAAAUCUUAGACACAUUCCAAAUGAACCAUUGGAAUCAGUGAAACUAACUUCAGCUGAGAAUACUGCGGCAUCUGCUCAACCACCUUUUUCCAGCAAAACAACCCUGGUGUUUUCAGAAACAACUGACAUGGACCUCACCAAAAGCCAUACAGUCGUAACUGAGAAUGAAAACCUUGGGCUUGUUGAAAGGCCCGUAGUGGGUUCAGAUAAGAUUUUUGCUGAGAAUGCAUCCACGUCUGCUCUGUCGUCUUUUCCCAAUGAUAAGACCUUGGUGUUUUCAGAAGCAAACGAUAUGGAUAUAACUAAAAGCCAUACUGUUACAAUUAAUGGAGGAGACCUUGGACAAGUUACAAAUGAAACAUUAGGUUUUCGAAAAAUGACUUCUAAACCUCAUGUGUCUCAGUCUAUUUCAUCCUGUUUUGGUGAUAAGACUCUUGUCUUUUCAGAAGCAAAUGAUAUGGACAUCACAAAAAGUCAUACAGUUGCAAUUGAGAGCGAAAACCUGGUGGCUGUUGCAAGACAAAAUGUGGGUUCGGAUAAAAAAAUGUCCAUUGAGAAUGCCUCAGUGUCUGUUCUGUCAUCAUGUCCUAAUGAUAAGACCUUGGUAUUUUCAGAAGCAAACGAUAUGGAUAUAACUAAAAGCCAUACUGUUACAAUUAAUGGAGGAAAUCUUGGGCCUGUGGUAAAUUGGACAGAAGGUUUAUGUACACCUUUUCCUAGAGAUAAGACAUUAGUAUUUUCUGACACAAAUGAUAUGGACAUCACAAAAAGCCAUACAGUUCCAAUUAUCAGUGGAAGUAUUGGGAAAGUUGGAAAUGAAGAUUUGAGUUCGCCGAGAAUGAUUACCAAACUGACGGAUGCUGACUGUUCUCUCUUAUCCUUACCCAGAGAUAAAUUCACAAGGUCUUCAGAAGCAGAUGGCAUAGACAUAACCAAAAACCGUACGGCUGCCACUGAGUGUGAUGGAUCUGUAUCAGUUAUAAACGAGUCAUUAGGUUCGGUUAUCAUGACUUCCAGAUUCACUGCUCAUGAGUCUGUUCUGCCACUAUUCACCAAUGAUAAGAUUCCAGUCUCUGAACAAGAUACACCAGUUAAAAAAAUUGAUGGCACGUCCAUUUCCAGUAAGUAUGAUGUUUCCAGUAAUCACAACCUUUUCCAGUUGGAGCUUGAAAAGGGACAAAAAGGUUCUGGUAACCAUCCAAGCAAUAUAGAAUUUGUCAACAUAAAACCUGCAGUUGAAAACGCUCUGUCUAAUAUUAAUCAAGCUGUCCAUACACUUGGUACUUCUGAUCCUUUAACCAGGAACAUGGAAAUCACUGUCCUAAAUACAGAAGGUGACGCAGAGAAAGAUGGAGAACAUGUCAGUUCACUGUGUGUACGUGAAAAGAUAAAUGGGAAAGAAAUCAAAGAAUCUGCAUUUUCUAUGGGGAACUCUUCGGAUUCUAUCCUGAAAGGUAACAAUGACCUUGAAGCUGAGGAAAUAUCGUGCCUGGUCAAUCAAAGUAGUGAGGCAUCUUCUGAAGAACUAGUUGGGCAUCAAGUUGAUGGUACCCAAACUGGAAAUAUGGAUGAUGUAACUGAAUUUGAAAAUACAGCCAAUAAAAAUAUGGGACAUAAUCAAUCCAGAAAGUCAAGUCUUGCUAACAUGCAAUCACUUCAAAAAUUGAACACUGUGACCAAUGUAACUUAUGACACUUUUUCAGAAAAGCCUCCAGUGGGUGAAAAAGGUUCUACAAAUUGUCAAACCUGGGAUGCAAAGUCACGACUUUUGAAGCAAAGUUCGCUUUUUAAGGGCACAUUUAAAUUCAAUCUUUCUCUAGGAAUCUUUCCUCCUAAAUUGCCUAGUAGAGAAAAUUUGUACAAAGCUGUAAAUUCAAAUCAUCAGGAUGUCGCAAAAUCAUUAGGAGACCAUCUUGGUUCUGACUCACUUCUGAGUACAAUGUACAAACCAAACAAAUUUAAAGUAGAUUCAGAUAUAUUAAGACCUAAUAUUGACCCUAAAAAAACCCCAGGCCUCCAGAACAAAAGCCAAGCAACUGAUCGUGACAACAUAGAAAAAGUAUUUGAUCAAUCUGAGCCAUCGGUCUCCUUGAAGUCCAGUGAUAUGAACUGCCUCUCUAACUCUGAACAACUUGGAAAAGAAGAUUCAUCUACUUCUGAACAGGAUGAGAAUGCUGUAAGUUGCCAAGGUCUUGGAGGUUUGAAAAUUAUGAAAUCAGUAGAAGAAAAGCUUUACCAUAAACGAGCAUGGAAUGAAGAGGAGAAGAACAGAAAUUCAUGCAGCAGAAAGAAAAUGAGAAAUUUGCAUCCUGAAGAUACUGAUUCUUCAAGCCAAAAGGCCAACAACGCUGCUGUUGUGCAAUGGGAAGGCAUGGAUCAUAAAGUCAUGGAAGAGAACCAACUCAGUAUAACGACAAAAAGCCUGGAUAAUAGCUCCUUAGAUUCAACCAAAGGAGAUGGGACCUCUGCAGAUGCUGCCAACUCAAAAUGUAACCUGAAUACAUCCCUAGUGAUUUUAGAAGAGUCUGAGCUGCAUGAGAAAUUAAUGGAUGGCCAGAUCACAGUUAGAGAAUUUUUCAAACUUUUGAAAGUUCAAACGCACGCGCAGAAAUCUCGUCAGAGUGAACUACAUGUUAAUGUUGAAUUAGACAAGUCUUCAACUGUCGAAAAUUGGCUGGCAGUGAAGUUUGUUCACCGGCCUAAACGGGAAGUCUAUGAAGAGGACAGCAAUGCUCUCUCUGCAGCCAUAGCUGAACUGAAGGAUCAGUUGUUAGAUCUUGAUAAACUUCUGUCAGAGGUGAACCCUGCUCUUUGGAAAAAUGUGAUGGAAAUGACAGAAGAGGAGUUGCGACUGUUUCGUUCUUGCCUGAAUGCCAAGAAAUCCAGCUUUGUGAAAAAAACCAAAGCAAUCUGCCAUGAACAAAAGGUUGACCUGUAUUCAGCACAGUUAAAUAUGUUUAAGGUACAGUGUCAGCAGAGAAGUGAAUAUGAGGCUUAUUUGGAUGAUAUGUUACACAAGAUGGAUGAUUGCCUUGCAUCAUUGGAUCUUACAAAUUUGGAUCAUCUGAGCGAGUGCAGUGUUGAUGUCAUUGACGACAACAUUAUUACACAGCUGAAGCAAACUGUGCACGACAGAUGUGAGGAGCUGAAGAAACUUCAGGCAGAACGCUGUGAAGUGGAAAGUCAACUUGCCAAAGUUCUGAAUGAGAAAGAGCUACAGGAAAAGGCUGCCAAUGUGUGGGAUCUAAAAGAAGAGUUCCAGGAGCUGUUAGAAUGGACGUUAUGCAUCAGCCAGGAUGAACAGGCUGUUUAUAAAUUUCUGUAUGACUCCCUGGAGCUCACUUUGACGUUUGGUGAACUUGUGUCGGCUGAUCUUUCUCCUGGUGCGAAUUGUAAGAAAAUCCUAGAUAUUAAUCUUGUAUCUGCUUUGGAUGAGCGUGAGGCUCCGUUGCAUUCAAAACUUGUUCAUGAAUUAAUUAUGACGUACUGGAAAAGUCAAGGCAGUUGGCAAGAUGUAUACACCAAUGAAUUGCAGCUCCCCAUGCUCUUGCUUGAUGUUUCGUUAGUGGUGAGUCGAUGUCGGUUGCUUGGUGAUGAACUGGAAUAUUUGCUGAACUGGGGAUCAAAAUUUGACAUUCUGAAGACAGAGAUUCAAAACAUGGAUGUCAAGUGUCUUUUCUCAAGUUAUGAUGCGCUGUCAAAAUUUGAACUUACAUUUCAUAUCAAGCCAGGUUAUCCAUGGCACCCAAUGCAGUUCACAUUUAACUCCUGGUUUGGAAAUAUCAGUAGUGAACGUAUCAAUGAAGUCCUACUGGCAGUAAAACCAGGACCCAAGUACCUGACCAAGCUUGUGAAGAGUCUCUUCUUGACACUGCUCAUCGAACCUGGAGCUAAGAAAUUCCGGCUACAGCAUUCAUCUCCAAUACUAGGAAAGAAAGUGUGAUCAUUUAACCAUCUUUCCCAAUCAAAUCAGAAGAGACCACUAUCAGUCCUGUAUGUACAAUGGAACUUAUGAUGAGUUUUGUACAGAAAGUGGUUUGAAUGCAACUUAGGUUGAAGACCUGUAAGAAGCCUGUAUAAAUUUCAGUUUGGCAAUCUGAAGUGGCCACGUGCUAUAUAAUAUCUGCCAUUUUGCUCUGAAAAACUAAGGAUGGCUUCACUGACCUGUAAGAUAAUUGCUUUUCUGGGUUAAGUGUUAAUUAUAGUGGGUAUCUUUUUCUUGCUACACUGUAUAAGUGACAUUUUAUAAUUCUGUUAAACAUACUGAUAUACAGUAGGUGGUGUCCUACAUUUUCAGUACAGAGUACAAGGAGACUGAACUUGUAACACAACUACCAGAAUAGGUGAUAAUUGCUCCAUUUUGCAGAAUUGAUUCUUUCACCUGGACGAGUGUAAAAUACGUACUAUUGCUGUGCCAUUAAGAGUGUGAAGUAUUGGUGCCAUAAUUUCUGUAUCUUUUAUCGUAAUUAAAAAUUUGUAUAUCAGCUACUAA